AACGAUGAUGAUGAUGACGUUUGUUCCUUUCUCCAGGCUGGCUGGAACCCCUCCUUCAACGAGUCAGCGAGGACUACACUGUGGUGGCUGUGCCCGCGACUGACGUCAUCGGCUGGCAGGACUCUGCCUACCACUUCGAGCCUACCCAGAAGCAGCUGAGGGGAGGCAUGGACUGGAAUCUCAUCUUUAACUGGAUGUCUAUGACACCGCCCGACGGAAGGGAGAGAAAGACCUGGGCAGAUCCUGUCAAAAUGCCCACUCACCUCGGCUGCUGCUUCGCCGUAUCCAAAAACAACUUCAACCGUUUGGGCGGCUAUGACCCAGAACUCCAAAUCUGGGGAUGUGAAAACAUGGAGCUCUCUUUCAAGGCGUGGAUGUGUGGAGGGAGUAUAGAGAUGAUCCCUUGCUCACACGUAGGUCACAUGUUCCGAGUUCUUCUGCCUUUCUCCGUGGGUCAAAACUUUGACCGAACUUUGACCCGGAACUGUCUCAGGGUGGCGGAGGUCUGGAUGGAUGAGUACAGGGAGAUUUACCGUGAGAGGAUAGGGCCACAGAUGGUGAGUACAGAGAGAUUUACCGUGAGAGAUUUACCUUGAGAGAUUUACCGUGAGAGGAUAGGGCCACAGAUGGUGAGUACAGAGAGAUUUACCGUGAGAGAUUUACCUUGAGAGAUUUACCGUGAGAGGAUAGGGCCACAGAUGGUGAGUACAGAGAGAUUUACCGUGAGAGAUUUACCUUGAGAGAUUUACCGUGAGAGGAUAGGGCCACAGAUGGUGAGUACAGAGAGAUUU